AUGUACCCUUCUAAAGUACUCUCUACAAGACAAAGGAAUAGGAGGGUGGAAGUUUUCAUUAAGUGGCAUGGUUUACCCAAUGUUCAUCAUUGUUCAUCAUUGUUCUAAAGUACUCUUUGAGAAUCAUUGUUCAUCAUUCAAGCUUGGUUUCCAAAUCUUCACCUUGGGGACAAGGUGAUUGUUGAUGAGGGGGUUAACAAUAUGGUCCCAAUAAAAGUAAAUGAGAAGAGGAAGAGAUGA